AUGGCGUUGGGUGAUGGAGAAUCCAAGUAUGACCUCAUGUAUCUUCUAUUAGACUCAGCAGAUAUCAUGAAUAGUAUAGACGAAUUAAAAGGGGAACUGUGCCUUUAUCACUUUGACGAGCAUGAUUAUUCUUCAACUAGUUGGAUUCAGAGGAUUGAAUAUCUUGUUAAUCCUUUUGGUAUUUUCGAGUAUGCUCGAAGUUUGAAAAAUGAGGGUAGUUUCUUUUAUAGAAACAAUGACAUUAAGUUAGCCAGUGCACACUAUUUUCAAGCCAUCAAGUUCUUGUUUUUUGCGGAUGUUACUAAUGAGGAGGAAAAGUCUGUGUUUUUAAGCCUAGCUUUAUCUAUCAAUCUGAACUUGGCUGCGUGUUUUAUCAAGGAGAAGGAUUUUCAGAAAGUGGGUGAGUUGUGCUCUCUUGUUUUAAUGUAUGAUGCUACCAAUGCCAAAGCUUAUUUUAGGAGAGCUGUUGCAGCUUUGGAACUUAGCCAACCGGACAUAGCGUUAGUAGACCUCAUCCAAGCCCUUAAACUCCACCCAAAUAAUGGAGAAUUUCAACAAAUAAUGGAGAAUUUCAACAAAAAUUUAAUGAAGUAUCGUCAUUGUUAG